AUGACAUUCACCUCCCAUACAGCCUGGCGCUUCGCCUCUACCCUGGCCAAGGGCACCGCGCUUGUCGCGACCUCCAUCUACAUCACGCAGACGACGCUCCGCAUCGCCGCCUCGUCCAAGCUGGGAGUUGUGGACGAGGUCGGGGGCCCGCCAUCCUUUAUCGACUCCCCCACGAUCCGCAACCAUGUCAACCCCCACGACCGGUCCAGUCGGGUGGUGGACACGCACGCCGUCACGCUCGACGUGCCGCUGCGCAAGCACGUUUCCGACGAGAUGAUCCUGGCGCGCGCGACCAAGAGCUUCUUCCACGGAUGGGUCUUUUCUCUGGAAGCGCGAGCGCUGAGGCUGAUCCGGCUGCAAGACAGCAAAUACACCAGUAUGUUUCCCCCCAACCUCCUGAUCAUUGAUGCUGAAGCGGGUUGGGCAGAACUCGCCUCCACGACGGUGCCGGCGCAUGUGUGGGACGCGGCGGAGAUCUCCGACAGCGCGCUGCCGGAGCUCCACACGGUGCUGUUUGGCGUCUUUCGGCUGGCAGACGUGCACCUUGCCGACGUCGCGGGCAGCGGCAGCAACGCCGCAGAAAGUCAUGCCGACUUCUUGUUCGGCUCCGACGGGAGCCAGUUUGCCGGCUGCCAUCGGUUGAGCGUGGAGCGACUGCAAGUCGACGCCGCCGGGGAGACGCAAAAGGUCAAAGUCCAGCUGCAGUGCUACGCCUGCAAUCCACAGAGCGACGACCGCGGCAGCAGGCUCUUGUACGCAUUCCACCGAUUCUACGCCACGGCGCUGUUUAGGGAAACGGCAGGCGAGGUACAUCGCUGGCUGCAUUCGGGGCGAUGA